AUGAUGAGAACUUACCAUUGCUUCUGGCUGCUGUUUUGGGCUGGUCAGCCCCACCAAAGUUUCUUAACUCCAUUACCCAAAAGGACUAGUGGCUUUCCAGAAAAGGAAAAGAUUUUGGUAUUGUCUGGAAACAGCAGGCGAGACGUCCAUCGUUCCAAAAGGAGCUGGAUGUGGAACCAGUUCUUUUUAUUGGAGGAAUACACAGGAACUGACUACCAAUAUGUUGGCAAGCUGCAUUCAGACCAGGAUAAAGGAGAUGGAUCACUUAAGUACAUCCUUUCUGGAGAUGGAGCAGGAGACCUCUUCAUUAUCAAUGAAAACACUGGUGACAUCCAGGCCACAAAGAGACUAGACAGAGAAGAAAAGCCUGUAUACAUACUCCGUGCCCAGGCUAUAAACAGAAGGACUGGAAGACCAGUGGAACCAGAAUCUGAGUUCAUCAUUAAGAUCCAUGAUAUCAAUGACAAUGAGCCAAUGUUUACAAAGGACGUUUACAAUGCCAGCAUUCCUGAAAUGUCAGAUGUUGGUACCUUUGUCGUGCAAGUCACCGCAACUGAUGCCGAUGAUCCUACAUAUGGGAACAGUGCUAAAGUUGUCUACAGCAUUCUCCAGGGACAACCAUAUUUCUCCGUUGAAUCUGAGACAGGCAUCAUUAAAACUGCCUUGCUAAACAUGGACCGUGAAAACAGGGAGCAGUACCAAGUGGUCAUCCAGGCUAAGGACAUGGGAGGCCAGAUGGGCGGAUUAUCAGGAACCACCACCGUGAACAUCACACUGACUGACGUAAACGACAAUCCGCCUCGCUUCCCCCAGAGCACAUACCAAUUCAGAGCUCCUGAGUCUAUGCCACCUGAGUCACCAGUUGGCAGGAUAAAAGCUAACGAUGCUGACGUGGAUGAAAAUGCAGAGAUUGAAUACAGCAUCACUGAGGGGGAUGGAUAUGACAUGUUUGGAAUUACCACAGACAAGGACACACAGGAAGGGAUUAUAACUGUCAAAAAGGCAUUGGAUUUUGAAAAUAAAAACCUGUAUAUUCUGAAAGUGGAAGCUACCAAUACUCACGUGGACCCUCGAUUCCUCUACCUGGGGCCAUUCAAGGACUCAGCUACAGUCAGAAUUCAGGUGGAGGAUGUAGAUGAACCUCCCGUGUUCAGCAGACCAGCAUACAUAAUGGAAGUGAAAGAAGAUGUUCCAAUAAACAGUGUAAUAGGAACCGUAACUGCUCAGGAUCCAGAUGCUGCCAAGAACCCUGUCAAGUACUCUGUAGAUCGACACACUGAUAUGGACAGAGUAUUCAACAUCAAUUCAGGAAACGGUUCGAUAUUUACUUCAAAACCCCUUGACCGGGAAACACUGCUAUGGCACAACAUUACAGUAAUAGCAGCAGAGAUCAACAACCCAAAACAAAGCAGCCGUGUCCCAGUGUUCAUUAAGGUUUUGGAUGUAAAUGACAAUGCUCCAGAGUUUGCCAUGUUUUAUGAGACCUUCGUCUGUGAAAAUGCAAAGGCAGAACAGCUGAUACAAACAUUAAGUGCUGUUGAUAAAGAUGACUCUUACAGUGGACAUCAGUUUUCAUUCUCCUUAGCUCCAGAGGCAGCCAGCAGCUCAAACUUUACACUACAGGACAACAGAGACAACACAGCAGGGAUUUUCACCCGAAAAACCAGAUAUAACCGGCAUGAAAUGAGUACCUACUUCUUGCCAGUGGUAAUAUCAGACAAUGACUAUCCUAUCCAGAGCAGCACUGAAACGGUGACUAUUCGAGUAUGUGCUUGUGACCAUCGAGGAAAGAUGCUGUCCUGUAAUGCAGAAGCCUUGAUUCAUCCUACUGGUCUUAGCACUGGGGCUCUUAUUGCCAUUCUUCUCUGUAUCAUUAUAUUACUCGUUACAGUGGUGCUGUUUGCAGCACUGAGACGGCAGCGGAAAAAAGAGCCUUUGAUUAUUUCCAAAGAAGACAUCAGAGACAACAUUGUCAGUUAUAAUGAUGAAGGUGGUGGAGAGGAAGACACCCAGGCAUUUGAUAUCGGCACGCUGAGGAAUCCCGAAGCCAUAGACGAUAAUAAAUUACGCAGAGACAUUGUGCCGGAAACACUUUUUAUGCCACGGCGGACUGCAACAGCACGAGAUAACACAGAUGUCAGAGAUUUCAUUAACCAAAGGUUAAAGGAAAAUGAUACAGAUCCAACGGCACCCCCAUAUGACUCGUUAGCAACCUAUGCGUACGAAGGUAACGGUUCUGUGGCCGAGUCCCUCAGCUCCUUGGAGUCGGUGACUACAGACGGAGAUCAGGACUACGAUUACCUCAGUGACUGGGGGCCUCGGUUUAAAAAGCUGGCAGAUAUGUAUGGCACAAUGGACAGUGACAAAGACUCUUAAUAUGUUGCCUUUUUCUUUUCUUUUUUGUUUCCCUUCCUCAUUUUCAGAAACAGCAUUGAGAUAUGUGAAGUGGCUAUUUCUUUCUAUUUCUCCACAGCUGUGUGAAAGGGUUCUCUGUUCUACCCGUUCGAAUUGUCUAAUGACUGCAGUCUGUGUGGAU